GAUCGAGCAUUUCCCAACAGUGGUAUUAGAGCCUAGUUCACUUGAAACCGUCAUUAGCUCGUGCAGUUCAAGAUGGAGGACAACGUCACUCAUGAUGGAGACAUGUUCAAGCUCACAGCCAACAACUACUCAUAUUGGAAACCAAUGAUAGAAGACCAUCUAUACUGCAAGGAUUUGCAUGAGCCCAUCAUCUAUAAAGACAAGGUUGAAGGCAAGAGCGAUGCUCAAUGGGAGUUACUCAAUCGCAAGGCCAUUGCAAUGAUCCGUAAGUACAUUGAUAAGACUCUUUUCGAGCAUGUUUCUACAUACACAAAUGCUUAUGAGUUAUGGACAAAGCUUGAGUCCAUGAUUCAAAAGAAAACGCCUCGUAACAAAGCCAAUUUAGUUCGACGGUUGGUGAAACUAGAGUAUAAGGAUGGCCAAAGUAUGAUUGAGCACUUGAACAACUUCAAGGGGCUCGUAAAUCAGUUAACAAAAGUUGAUAUGAAGAUUGAUGAUGAGUUGCAAUCCCUUCUACUCCUUAGUUCCUUGCCGGAAAGCUGGGAUACACUUUUGGUUACCCUUAGUAACUCAGCUCCUGAAGGAAAGCUCACCAUGGAUAUCGUCAGUGAUAGCCCUCUUGGAGAAGAAGCAAGAAGAAUUGAAUGAGGCGAGCCCACCUAUUCCGUGGCCAAUAUGAUUGAGAAGCAGAGUAGGUAUGAAACUCGAGGGCGUAGCAAGAGUCGAGAUCCACAUCAAUCUAAAGGUAGAUCCAAGUCACGCUCGAAGAUUACUUGCUACUACUGUGGAAAGGUAGGCCACAAGAAAACUGAAUGUCGAUCCCUAAAGAGAGAUCAAAAGGCAAGUAACAUCAAGCCACACUAGAUCAGCCCAACGAAGAAGCAAGAAGAGAAGAGUACUACAGCUGUAGUAUCAAGAGAAGAUCUGCUCUAUUUCGUUGGAGAAGGUAAUAUCCUAAACAUAGCUUGUAAUGAAAGCUCUUGGAUUAU